UCUACCGUCUACCGUGUGUCCAGUUUGCCACAGACCCACAGACCCGUAGAGGUCAUGUAUUCGUGCAUGCGAAAUCCGUCGAAAUUCACUCAAAUUGCACAGCGCCUGGCACUGCAGUGUCGUUCAAGUUCUAAUGUGGUGAAAGAUGUGGAACCCCCCAAAGAUCCUGUAACACACACUGGGCAGCACUGGGACAAGGAUGAUUAUCGACUUGUUCGUUUUAUGGAAACCCCUAAACAGAUAAACCCAAAUUUUGCCAUCAAGUUGAUCGCAGAAGUACCUCCCAAGGCAGUCAAUGCCCGUACAACAUGGUGUGAUGGUGGCAGUGGAGCCCUGGGCCAUCCCAGAGUUUACAUAAAUUUGGAUGCACCUGGCAACCACACCUGUGGCUACUGUGGUCUUCGAUUCUACCAGGAUCAUUCAUCAAAAGGCCACUAGGAAUUUGGAUUCUAUGUCUUGUUAGAUAGAAUAAUAAUCUUUUUACAUGAAA